AAUGCAAAGCCAAGACCCUUCGCACAACUGGCAGACAGUGACUCGGGCGAGGAGAGAAGUACUACAGCAGCACCCAAGGAACAAAUUGAUGUAAGUGCUGCGACAACCAAUCAGAAUGGCCCAGACACACCAGCAGCCAAUGAGAUUACACCAACGGCUGCAUCAACUAAUCAGAGCGAGUCUAUUAAUAGAACGACACGCCCACCCCACAAUACCACUCCUGGCAGUGGUCACAAGCGUUUGCGAGGGCCAAGGCGCAGUGGAAGGGGCAGGCGGAUGCAAAACGCCGACGAAAGUGCAGUGAAUGGUAGGUAA